GCUCGAGUUUUUUCCUCUCAAAACAGGUCUCUCUCUCUCUCUCAACCAUCUUUUGGGUCUUCCCUUGGGUCCGAUCGGAUAUUGCAGCUUCUGCUCUUCGCUAGUCAUCGUCAACUAGAAUUGCCAAGAUGGCUUAUGAAUUGACUGAGCAAAAAAAGGUUGGGUUGGGUCUUCUUGGGUUUGGCAUCUUAUUCACGUUUCUGGGUGUGGUGCUAUUCUUCGACCGAGGUUUGCUUGCUCUUGGGAAUAUAUUUUGGUUAAGUGGGGUGGCCCUGUUACUUGGUUGGCGUUCAACAGUUAAUGUCUUCACUAGCAGAGCAAACGUAAAGGGUUCUGCAUCUUUUCUGAUUGGUCUCUUUUUCCUUUUCGUUCGGUGGCCAAUCCUUGGCAUAGUCUUGGAACUAUAUGGUUGUCUCGUUCUGUUCGGUGGUUUUUGGCCAACUGUAAAGGUGUUCCUCUGUGAAGUUCCAAUUUUGGGAUGGGUUAUACAAUAUUUGUUCUGAGGAAGAUCAAUGCGUAGUCAAGUCUGCCUCGUGUGUUCGUCAUAAAAAUUCCCUGUGUGCGCAUUGUAAAGACUUUGACCAAUGAAAACAUUUCACUUGUUUUAGGGUAUGCGUGGUUGGGGUAUAGGUUAUUGUGGAAAAUGUUGUGGCAAAAGACGUAUUGUCAGAAUUGGUAUGGAAGAAGGUACAGUAGGGUUUUCAUAUCACAUGCUUUGCUUCUUAGGAGAGAAUAGGUCCUGAAAUUUUGUUAGGCAACCAGAUUGUGAAAGUGAAAAAGUUUUGUUUGUUUUUUUCUUAGAAAGCUAAUGCUAUCUGUUCAUAU